AUGGCCAAUAACUAUAGAAUCGGAACAAAGGUUAUUCAUGCUGGUCAACCAGCUGAACCAACUUCAGGCGCUGUCAUCCUCCCAAUUUCUUUGUCAACCACUUUCUUGCAACCAUCACCAAAUGUAUUGCCAGGUGGAUAUGAUUACUCAAGAUCAGGUAAUCCAACUAGAAAAGCUUUGGAGGAAUGUUUGGCAGCUGCAGAGAAUGCCAAGUAUGCUUUAACAUUUGCAAGUGGUUUGGCUACUUUGACUACCAUUAUCAACUCACUCCAAUCGGGUGACGAGGUUAUCUCUGUCGAUGACGUCUACGGUGGAACCAGACGUUACAUGUCACGUGUUGCCGCCAACUUUGGUAUGAAGUUCAGUUUCGUCGAUAUGUCCAAUUUGGAUCAAUUGGCUGCCGCUUUCACAGAGAAGACCAAGUUGGUAUGGUUGGAGACUCCAACCAAUCCAUUGUUGAAGGUCGCCGACAUCAAGUUGGUCGCCGACUUUGUACACAGCAAGAACGCCAUCUUGGUGGUCGACAACACCUUCAUGUCGCCAUACUUCCAGAAUCCAUUGGACUUGGGUGCCGACAUCGUCAUGCACUCCAUCACCAAGUAUAUCAACGGUCACUCUGACGUCGUCAUGGGAUGUCUGGCAACCAACGACGAGGCACUCUACGCCAAGCUCAAAUUCCUCCAAAACUCAAUCGGUGCCGUGCCAUCGCCAUUCGAUUGUUUCCUCGCCAUUCGUGGUAUCAAGACUCUCCACGUCAGAAUGAGAGAGCACGAGAAGAACGCUUUCGCCGUCUGCAAAUUCCUAGAGUCACAUCCAAAGGUCGAUCGUGUCAUCUACCCAGGUUUGCCAUCGCAUCCACAACACGAGAUUUGCAAGCGUCAAAUGAAGGGUUACGGUGGUAUGGUCGUUUUCUUCUGCAAGGGUGGACUCGACGAAUCAAAGAAGAUCUUGGAGAACCUCAAGGUAUUCGCAUUGGCCGAAAGUUUGGGUGGUGUUGAAAGUUUGGUUGAAUUACCAUCAUUGAUGACUCAUGCUUCUGUACCAUUGGAGGAGAGAAUCAAGUUGGGUAUUACCGAUACUUUGAUUCGUUUGUCAGUUGGUAUUGAAGAUGUUAACGAUUUGAUUGCUGAUCUUUCACAAGCAUUGGACAAGAUCUAA